UUUCGCGUGUCUUGAUCCUCUCCUUUCCCGGCCGGCCGCGCAUUCGUUCGGCAAAGGAAGUCAGUUAUGGUUUGCUAGUUGGAGAGGGGACUUGAUCGCCGGAUACGAUCAGGCUGAGUCAGUAGUUUACCUGUGGACGUUUGUUGUGGCGGAUCGAAAUUCGGAAGUAAUGAAACGGUGCGUGCUGGAGAUUCGCGAAUGUGCGUUCCUGGUUGACCUCUCGUGGCAGUUUCGCGUGCGAAUGUGAUUGGAGAAAGGAAGAUGUGCAAUUUCAGUGAUAGUGUAGUGUGUAUAUUUACGAAAGCUACCAUCCAAAGCAAAAUCUUUCAAUCGGAAAGAGAGAGUUCGUGCCACUUUACUAGCUAAACCUGUUGGUGCAUCGAUUUAUUGCUUUUGCGGUGACAUAUCUUAAUCGAAGGUAAACCGUGUCAGUAAACUGUGUCAAGAACUCUUCCGCGGGAUCGAUCUGUUUGCCAAUAGAGAUGUUGUCCUACUCGUUGCGUGGAUGAAAGUGUCUCUUAUCGCUGUUCAAAUAAAGCGCAAGCAGUUCUGAUAAGAGUAAACGAUGGACUGCGCUUCGCAAAACGUCGCUGCCACUGCGGGCGUGGAAAAUGAGGCGAAUGACGAGGAAUCUUCAGUGCCGGCUGUCACGACUACCAAAACUUCCGAGAUAACGAUUAUUAUGAAAACACUGGUGUCAAAUACGACGAAAAAGACGAACGGUCGCGUAAAGAAAUGUGAAUGCGGUGAUGGGUCUAAAGUCGGUAGUACUAUAGAAGUUACGACCAGUGUAAGAAGUGUUUUCGAGUGUCCGGCGGAGUGCAAUCGAAGUGCGGCAUUGGAGCCGAUUCUGAACAAAAAUUUCAUGACCUUACUGAAAACCGCAAACGAUUCGUCCUUUGAGAGUGUCUUGGAGUAUAAAUCGUUAUUGCAAGUGCCUAAACAAGAUAUAAGUUUGAAAAGCUCGGCAGAGAAUCUGCUGGGCGGUGAUGUGGAUCAGGAUAUCCGAAAGUUUCUCAAUGAUCUCAGUCAGCACAAUGCAAGUGUUUGUUGUAAAAAAGCAUCUACCGGUGAAAAUGUUGUGUCUUGCGUGAAUAAUAACAACGCUGGUGAAGGAUCGUGUUUGGAGAAGAACGAUCUUAGUGUUAUAGAAAAUUCGAUUGAUCAGCAGAAGCAUUGCCUUAGUUCGUCGGAAUCAGACAACACGACAAGCGAUUCCGUGCUGAAGAAACCGAAGAUUAGCGAUGAUAUGAAAAGUGUACGGUUCACAGUGUCGAAAGUUGAUGAAAGUACCGACGAGUCGCGUGGGUUCUUAUCGCUACCCAGCUCGACACCCAUAAAGAUAAGCAAAGUUUCGGAGGAAGUGCAAAAUGCAGAAAACUAUAAAUUGAAUUUGUUGACUCCGCCGGCCGAUGCCUCAUUUAUUGACUCUGACUUCGAAUCGAUGGAACAGGAUCAGUAUGAUACGUGCAGUAGUAAGGAAAGUUUAAAACUUGAAAACGCAAGUCCGAAGAAAGAACCAGUACAUAUUGAACCUUUCAAUCCAGAGGAACUGUUUCCCGAACCCAUCCGGGUUUCAAGCCCGCCUCUGGAUACGCACGAAACACCAACGCGAAUAGUAAGAAAAUCAUCAUCUACAAAAGCGUUCUUCGAGGAAGCUCUUAAAACGCCACUUGCUCUAAGGAAACGAUUCCAGAAGCGGCGCAAUUCUGAGCACCCAAGACAACCGUCACAUUCAAAUCUACUGAGCUUCUUCUCGUCGAAAAAGAAAAGCAACAGCUUAGAAGGAGUUCAAAGGCCUAUCCAAAGUAAGAGGUCCUUAACCAUCAGUGACAACAGUUCGGACACUAGCCGUUGUGCUUCACCAACUCUUACGGAAGAAAACCUGCGCCGAUUUUCAAACACUAUCCGUGAAGCAGAUCUCUCCAAUCGGACACUUAUCUGGGGCGAAAACUUCGAUUACUCGUAUGAAUGCGAACCGUCGCACUCGGACGUGGAAGAAGAGGAUGAAACCGACCCGGAUCCGGUGGUUACCCGUUUGGUUCAGUUUAACAUAUCACCGGACUCAUCCUUCGAGAUGCAACCGCCGAUUGUUCCAACGUUCAAAAUCGAUCCACCACAGGCGAUCAACAUUGCCUCGGAACUGGCCCAAGGGCUUAUCUGCAAGGCUUACGCAGUAACUUCGAGCAGCAUAAAACGCUCCGUUAGCGAUCCAUUGAACUGUAAAGCACGUAGUCACAGCUGUACUCCGCUGACCUCAGAUAUCGGUGAAUCGGAAGAGGAGGAGGAGGUGGAACCAAUCAUGAAGCAAGCACACGUACAUUUCCACAGUGUUCAUGAGGCUUCGCUGCGAAGCUUGGACAAGGUCGGCGUGAGUGAACAGAAUAUAUUGGCAGCAGAUGAU